UUCCACUCUCGUCAAACCAAAAACAAAAAAUAAAAAAUAAAAAACCCCUUAGUUUUAAGAUUCCUCAUAUCACCAAAUUAUUGCACACUUCAAUCAUUUUUCCUUAAGUUUACAGUUCAACGUCAACCAACUGGUGAAGGUUCAUCUUUCUCUUCUUGUCGGAAAAUCAAUUGUUUAAUCCUUAAAAGAAUUGAUUAAUGGUUGUUAAUAAUUGGUAAAAUUGGUUAGUUGAGCUCUCCAAAUCGCACGUCUGUAUGGUUUUGUUAGUUGACUCCAUUUUGAAGCAAUUAUACUUUGUUUGCUUUAUGGGUCGGUGUUUCUUGCUGUGCUUCAUAUCCUGUAUUUUUCCGUCGAGAAGGGUUGUAAUUGUUCCCAUUUUUCGAUUUUGAGGUUGAAAUUUAUGGCGGAAUGCCCAAAUUUAGAAAUGGGUGUAUUGGGUUCCGGAGGGAGGAGGAAAUUAGGGUUUGUUUUGAAAGCUUUUUUGGGAUUAUUGGUGGGUUUCGCACUUUUUGGACCUGCAACAAGUUUGAGACCCUUGAAGGAAAGGGCAAGGUCAUGGGGCGAUGAGUGGCUCUUCGUCAAAAAAGAAGACAGCAACAUGGCUCCUUUUUCUAGCUGGAAUAUUAGUGGAACCUACCGAGGUGUUUGGAAUUUUUUAGAGUCUGCAAAUAUGUCAUCUAGGUUUCCAGAUUUUAAGAGAUCAGAUGGAAACUCCGUAAUCGAGUUGAUGAGUACCCCAACAAAAAUAACUGGUGUACAUUAUGUUCAGGGAGUAAUUAUCUUUCAUGACGCUUUUGAUGAUGAUCAUGAAGGAGGUGGUGCUCAAAUUCGGGUAGAAGGUGUAUAUAUCUGGCCAUUUAGGCAACUAAGAAUGGUGGCAAACAGUGGAAAAGAGGGAGAGUUUGGUCCAGAAGAAGACUACCUGUUAUCUAAUCCAUAUCAUUUGCUUGGAGUUUUCUCAUCACAAGUAUUCCAAGAUUCCACGCAUGACAAAAUUUGGAGAAGAAAGAAAUCACAAGUUCAUGAUAUAGAGAAACAUUGCAAUAUUGAGAUUGCAGCUCAAGUUUCACGCAUUGCAUCCUUGCAAAAUGAUGGAGAUCAUAAUCAGUAUCAUAUUGAAGGAAUAAUGGAAUCUCCAUCUGCGGAUGAAGAUGGAGACUGUUUUUCUCCACUAUCGCUAAAUGCUACCUCUGUCAAUAUAGAGGUCUAUUACAACAAAGCUGUCAACUACACACUGAUGGUUACCUUUGUGUCUUUUCUCCAAGUUCUCCUGCUAAUUCGACAAAUGGAACAUAGCAAUACCCAAUCUGGGGCUGCCAAAGUUUCAAUACUAAUGAUUGGUCAGCAGGCUAUUAUGGAUGCUUAUUUCUGUCUUCUACAUCUGACAGCUGGAAUAUUAGUAGAAUCCCUGUUCAAUGCUUUUGCAACUGCUGCUUUCUUCAAGUUUGUUGUGUUCUCUAUAUUUGAGAUGCGGUAUCUCUUAGCCAUAUGGAAGGCAAGUAGGCCGGCAAACAGCGGCGAAGGUUGGGAAGCCAUGAGACGCGAACUGUCACUUCUGUACAGCCGGUUUUAUGGUAUAUUGUUGGGAGGCAUUCUGAUCAUGUAUGAGUUCCAUAAUUUUCUGCGGCUUAUUCUUCUUCUUAUGUAUUCCUUUUGGAUACCUCAAAUUAUUACCAAUGUUGUUCGUGAUUCAAGAAAACCUCUGCACCCGCACUACAUCUUAGGCAUGACAAUUACUCGAUUAGCAAUCCCGUUAUACGUUUUUGGCUGCCCUAACAACUUUAUGCGAAUUGGGCCUGAUACAAAGUGGUGUAUAUGUUUGUGCUCAUUCAUGGGACUUCAGUCCCUAGUCCUUCUACUCCAACAUUACCUUGGAUCACGAUGUUUCAUACCUCGUCAGAUCCUACCUGAGAAGUACAGUUACUAUAGACGGUUUGAUCAGAAUGGAAAUCAUACCACUGACUGCGUCAUUUGCAUGACUGCCAUUGAUCUUUCUGAGCGCUCUAAUGACUGCAUGGUUACACCUUGUGAUCAUUUCUUCCAUUCUGGGUGUUUACAAAGGUGGAUGGACAUAAAGAUGGAAUGUCCAACAUGUCGCCGGUCUUUGCCGCCUGCUUAACAAGGAAUAUUCUUCCACUUAUUAGUUGUAGAACAGGUCCAAGGAUUUUGCCACAGUAAGUCUGGAAUGCAACGGGACGUUAACGUCAGUGAUGUUUUGUCUCAAUUUUGGACUUACAUUAUCCCAAGCAGUGGGAGAGCCCUGUUGUGAGCAUGGUCUACCAAAGAAAAAACAUGUGCAUGUUUCCAGAUGGUGUUGAAGUCGAACUUGUCAAAGUAUUGCCAGAUAAACAAUUGUAAUACACGAGGGCUUGUAUAACAGGAAUUAUUUCUUGUAUAUUAUUUUUGUAUAUGAAAUGGAUACUAUAACUUUAAAAAGAAAUAAAAAAAAGGAGCGGGGUUCUAUCAAAA